UGGGGCCAGAACAGAUCUCUGCGGUAAGACUCGUUCUGGGAGGCCUCACGGGACCUAGUCCUGGCGGCCCGGGCUGGGGGCGUAUCCCCAAAUGACAUCUACCGCCCCCAGGGCCUUCCAGGUUUGGGGCUGGCUAAGCGAACAAGCCAGAGGGAGCCACCUUCCCUCCCUGCUGCUCAGCGUCAUGCGUGACGUCUGGCUUGAUGACUGGGAGGGCCACAGUCGCACGGAAAGGAAGGCGGGUCUGAGAUCUGCAGAGGCAGGCAAUCCCGGAAAGCAAAAUGGGUGAAUUGCCCUUAGAUAUCAACAUCCAAGAACCUCGCUGGGACCAGAGCACUUUCCUGGGCAGAGCCCGGCACUUCUUCACUGUUACUGAUCCUCGAAAUCUGCUGUUGUCUGGGGCUCAGCUGGAAGCUUCUCGGAACAUUGUGCAAAACUACAGGGCUGGGGUAGUGACCCCAGGGCUCACCGAGGACCAGCUGUGGAGGGCCAAGUAUGUGUACGACUCUGCCUUCCAUCCAGACACAGGGGAGAAGGUGGUCCUGAUUGGCCGCAUGUCCGCCCAGGUGCCCAUGAACAUGAUGAUCACUGGCUGCAUGCUUACGUUCUACAGGAAAACCCCAACUGUGGUGUUCUGGCAGUGGGUGAACCAGUCCUUCAAUGCAGUUGUUAACUAUUCCAACCGCAGCGGCGAUGCUCCCAUCACUGUGCAGCAGCUGGGAACAGCCUAUGUGAGUGCCACCACUGGGGCUGUGGCCACAGCUCUGGGACUCAAAUCCCUCACCAAGCACCUACCUCCUUUGGUUGGCAGAUUUGUGCCCUUUGCAGCUGUGGCUGCUGCCAACUGUAUCAACAUCCCCUUGAUGAGGCAAAGGGAGCUGCAGGUGGGCAUUCCUGUGACUGAUGAGGCAGGUCAGAGGCUUGGCCACUCCGUGACUGCAGCCAAGCAGGGCAUUUUCCAGGUGGUGGUAUCAAGAAUCUGCAUGGCGAUUCCUGCCAUGGCCAUUCCCCCAGUGAUCAUGAACACUCUGGAGAAGAAAGACUUCCUGAAGCACCGCCCCUGGCUGGGGGCACCCCUGCAGGUGGGACUGGUGGGUUUCUGCCUGAUAUUUGCCACUCCCCUGUGCUGUGCCCUGUUCCCCCAAAGAAGCUCUAUACAAGUAAACAGGCUGGAGCCGGAGCUGAGAGCUCAGAUCCAGAAGCAAAACCCAGGCACCGAGGUGGUUUACUACAACAAGGGGCUUUGAGGAGGGUCAGCCUUUGUCCCCUACCUCACUUCCCUGAGCUGCUGUUUUAGUGCCUCCCUUCCCUUCUAUGCCACUGCCCAUCAGCCUGGUACUGGGCAGGGGGUGUGGUAGGGGAGCAGUCACUGAGAGCAACAAUCCAUUAAGCUGGGGGAAGUGCCCUCAAAAAGUCUUUUCUUUCCUCUGAUUUCAAAGAGCAGGGUCACAUCACCCCUCCCUUCUGUGCUUGUGUGUCUGCACACAUACAAACAUGAUACACAUAUAUGUUGAUACAUUUGGUCCUGGAAGCUAAGAGCAGACAUGCUGCCUUGGGAUAUUCUGAUAUCUGGCUUCCCUCCUCAGCCUCUUGUCUACCUACCAGCAAGCCAGGUUACAGGUGAGACUUUCUUCCUUCCCUAAAUUGUUCCAUGGGUCAAGUCAUUUCUGACAGGACCUCACCCUUUCUGGACACAGGAGGAGCCCUGGGAUCUCAGGACAGAAACUGAGGGACACUAGCAGGCCAACUGGGAUGAAUACUUCAGAUUUCUGGCACCCAACUGCUAUAGCUAGCUUAAGACCUGCACCAGCCAAGGAAGCCAUGUCUGAAGCCAGGAGUCAGGGGCUUAUGUGUCCCUUGGUACUAUACCCAACCUCUUGGAAUAGCUCCAUUUCUUCUCCUUUUCUCUACCAGAACAAAGGAGUGUCAGUGUCCUGUAUUGCCCUUUUCUCUCCUAUGUAGGUAUCUUUAGGCACAAUUUGAGGAUUUGUUGGUCUUCUCUAACAUCAUAAUCUCAAAACACAUAUCUAACAAUCCCAAUCCUCCCCCAACCAGAAAACCACAUGGACAGAGUGAGCAUUCUUCUCCUUUAAGAGUCACUGUCAUACUUGCUCACAAAGGGACAUGUAUGGGAAUGGUGCUUCAACUCCACAGGCCCAAAGCUUAUAUUUAAAGACAGGGAAUAUUCUGAUCCAUUGACCUAUAAGACAUUCACAACCCCCACAUUAGCUACUUCCUUCUUUUCUUUUGUGGUGCUGGGGCUCAAGCCCAGGGCCUCACACAUGCUAAGCAAACGCUCUAUUACUGAGCUACAUCCUCAGCCCUUUCUUCUCUUUCUUGAGGCUUGGUCCUUCUCCUCCUUCCACCCUCACCUCCAAGAAGAAGGGCCCAGGUUCAAUGUCUGGACCAAAUGGAAGAUGGGUUUGGGGAUGAAAUGGGUAGCAGUGAAUCCAGAGAGUAGAGUUAAGCUAGGACUCCAAUUCCCGUGACCUCUGGCUGAAGAGUGGGUGAGGUGGAUAAAAGGGUCCAAUGGGAUUUUCUGAGAUUACUUUCCCUCUCCCUCUAAUCCAUUGUACCCAGUGAUAACAGCUAUGAUACCAUGG